CAGUGUGCGCCUGCUUGUGUUACUGUUGUCUCAGUGUAACCGUAGAAGAAGAAGCAUUCACCGUCUCAAGUUUUCGCUGGACGAACGCCACGAGUUGGGAUGGCUGGGACUGGCGAGGGAAAGAAAGACGAUGAGUACAAGCGAAUGAACAACUUUCCUCUCAUCAGGCACACGGACAUGCCCGAGGAGAUGAGGGUGGAGACGAUGGAGCUGUGUGUGACGGCCUGCGAGAAAUUUGCCUCCAACAAUGAGAGUGCAGCAAAGAUGAUCAAAGAAUCUAUGGACAAGAAGUUUGGCAGCUCGUGGCACGUGGUGAUCGGCGAAGCUUUCGGCUUCGAGGUCACGCACGAAGUGAAGAACCUACUGUACAUGUUCUUCGGCGGGACACUGGCAGUGUGUGUGUGGAAGUGCUCAUAGCGCUGGCCCUCCCUCCUCCUGCCCUUACGCCUCCUCCUCCAGUUGGACAAGGUCACUGGUCUGAGGGAAUAAACACCAGCCACCAGCCAGGCGCCGCUCACUCCAGCUCCUUUGCAACAGGUUUGACGCGGACACUUAGCAGGCUCUGCUGCAGUUAACGGACCAUCAUUUUAGGAUCAUGUCCAGUUGGAUCAAAAGGACUUUUUGCGGGGACCCUGCUUCUGGUCUAGCGCGUCACAACAGCCUCCUGCCUUAUCGGUCACUUCUUCUUUCUUUCCUACGAUAUCUUUCGGUGAACUCCGUGUGUCUGCGUGUGUGUGUGAGCACAAGUUUGACACAACCUGACCAGGGUCUCCAAAGUCCCUUUUUCCUCAGUUCUCCUCAGGGUGUUUGUGAAAGCGUUUAAGAGGUUGAAUGUGCUGGACACAUUUCUUUAAAGGGUGCCACCGAGUGUAAAACCAUCGUCACAGUCUUGGCCAAAUGGACCAACGUCGAAAUUCACGUCUUACAGAGGAAAAAGCUGUCAUUAAAAGUGGAUACAGAUGAAGAGCAUGGCCGCAAUGAUUUGUAGUGUUGGAACAUCCUGUGGUAUUUUGUGCAUCUGUUCCAAUGGAACUCUUUUGGUGGAGUGAAACUUUCGGGCUCUUGGCAGAGCCGCUUUGAUUGUGAAUUUCACUGCUCCCGUUCUCUCGACCAUGAGCUUCUGCUUGGAGCGGGUUCAUUUUCUAUUUGACUUGAUGACUUUUAGAUCUCAUUUUGCCUCAUUAUUUCAGUUCCUACAAAGCAAAGGGAUGCAAGAAUGUCGAGUAGAAGUCGUGAAGAUGUCAGUCCUAGAUGUGAAUGUGCUGGAAGCAGACAGAGCGAGGGAGACCACUGAAGUCCUUGCAUAAUUCCCCGGUUGGAUUUCUGUGCACUUGUUGAACUCUGAUUCUGCCAGGUUCUCGACUGGCUUCUCAAACCCUCUUAGAACGGAGGGAAGGUCUGUAGAUCACCAACCCUCUUGGUCCUUCAUUCAGAGGCUGCAGGGAUCUUGCUUUGCCAAAUACUACACGACUAUGUCUUUUGAACUAAAGCAUGCAAUGGAAAUGGCUUGCUGGUGCCCUCGGUGCAGCCGGUACCUUCUCUGUGCUUGAACGGUGCAGAUGUAUCUCAACAUCAGGUGUUUAAAAUUUAAUCAGUGGCCUGAUUCCAUGCCGCUGCUCAGAGCGCCACUCUGUUGUUCUCUUUGAAGUUUGCCAUCAGGGGCCUUUUCAGCAGUUUUACGUCAUGACCGCUUUGACUUCAGAACUGCUCCUGUGCUUCUGGUCCGUUGCGUUUGGUCAAGACUGUCCUUUGCCAUCAUUGGUGCGCAGCGUCGCUACAUCACGAUGCUGAACCAAGAACCUCAUAUUCCAUCCACACUUUUUCCCAAAAAGCCCAUCUUGAAAUUGUCAGUUGGAUCACACGAUGAUGAUGAAGUUAUGACACUAAUGCACCAAGUGUUUUCCCGAUGUUACAUUCACAAUAACCCACUGAAGAGAAAAUCUGAGACAGAUCUUCAGUCAGGGACCACAAGGUCAUCGAAAAAGAGAGUUUAGAAGAAAGAGUUUAGAGAAGUGAACCUCAAGCUCCUUCAGCCGAAGUGAGAUGUCAGACCUUUCUGUCCCGCGCUGACCCGACCCGUCAUUUUUAAGUGUUUCUGAGAAUAUUUGAAUAAUUCAAGGACCGAACUUUCUUUUUUAGGUCAUCUCUUUUGCUAACAAAAUCCUCUCCGUCAAGAAACACUGACCUGAAUCUACCUUUACUACGUGUCGAGAUGUUUGUACUAAUCCCGAAUGAUAUCCCCCCGUGGAUCAGCGGGGAUAUUUGCAAUGUGAUUGUCUUCAUCGUUUGAUCGAUCCAGAAAUCUGGAUCCUCAUGUGACCUGAUUGUACAAUAAAUGACGCUGAUUUUAAGAGCUGACGCUUGAGAAGAUGUUUUGACCCAUGAAGUGGACUUCUGUGUCCGUGUUCCACGUUGACCUCAGGGCAUUUCAGUAGACUCAAAACCUCGUGUGGCAUUACGUGACAUUCAGAACAAGUGGUUGGGGUUUGGAUAAGGACGUGCAACAGUGAUGUUUGACUUGUGAUGCUCCAUGGUACACUACUACAGAUAGUACCAUGUAUGAUACCUUCUGUUGAUGUGCAAAUGUGCCUUCAUAUGUAUUUAAAGAGCGAUAACUUAAGGAGCGCCAUCCCAUGUUGUAACCCUAACCUGCGCCUCUUUAUAUUACGCUGCCGUAAUAUAGUCUGUGUAUCUGCAUACACUGCUCGGGGGUACCAUGGUUCAGUUGGAGUCCUUUUGUGUCCACAUGAAAAGGGUGCUAUCUUCUGCAUCUGCGUCGCGAAACUCCAUAUGUUGUCAACAUUGUGAAAUGGAUCACCGGAACACUGGGAAAUAAUUCAGUCGUCCCUUGAAUCGCUGAUGACGGCUACCAAAAAGGCUCUUAGGGGUACUGUUCUGAUUUGGGCAACAGGACCAUUCCGUCAUCCCAAAGACGUUGGUCGUGUUUUUGUCCCGGCAUUACAUGUCACUGGAGAUUCCUUCAAGUCCCAGUUUUUGGCGCCUUGACCGUUGCGUUUUCCUCAGUAACUGGGGAGUUGUUGGCCCAUGAAAUGGUGUUCCAGAGGAAACCAAAGGGGGGGCACCUGGCUCAAACCCUUUUUGGGGUUACCCAAGAAGUCUUUCAACACUGUUCACUGAGUGGGGCGUCCAGUGAUCGGGGGGCUGCUGGGUCAAACCUCAUUUUAUCCCAAUUUGCCUGUUGUCCCGAGGCAAGACACCCACUGUCUUGUAUCUUGGUUGAGACUGUUCUUUGCCACGGUUGGUGCGCAGUGUCGCUACAUCACGAUGGCAAACCAACAACCUCAUAUUCCAUCCACAGUUGAAAAAAACAUCUUGACAUAGUGAGUUUCACUUGACUUGACUAAAGUUCAUGUCACUCUUGUCAGUUUGUUCACACAACGAUGAAAUUAUGACACUAAUGCACCUGUAAACAAUGAAGUUAUGUUCACAAAAACUCAUUGAAGACUGGAAAUCUCAGACCGAUCUUCAGCCAAGGGCCACAAGGUCAUUGAACAAAAGUGAGUUUGGGAGAUACAAAAGUGAAUGCGUGUGAAUAAGCGUGUUGGUUGCAGCGGAGGCCCAUUGACCGACGCUUGAAUAGCUUCUGUAAGAGCACGAUUGAACCCCCGCCCCAUCUCCCUGAGGUGGAUGAGGGCAUCACACACUCAGGAUGCUUCAAUGUUCAGACCUGUACCAUUGUUGAUACAAAUAAAUGAGAUUGGCGUCACUGGUGGGAUCCAUUAAAAAAUACAUCCAUCUUCACAUGACCACAAACACAAGUGUUGUGCAGGACAUGAGAUUAUGCUUUUAGAUACUGAGCCAAAGAGCCUCUCUUGAGGAGGCAGUAGCAUGUCCUUAUUUGUGCAGGCAAUAGGAUCUCAGUCUGAAACAAGCUUUUAGUGACCAUGAAGGAAGUACUUCAGACACUCAUCAUGUCCCUGAUGUUUUACCUGACAUAAACGUGAAAAAAAAUCAUCAUUUUGAAUGUCUGUAUCGGAGUGACUGCUUUGUCAGAGGAGGGAUGCAUGAUGGGAUUUAUUUUGGAUGUAGAGCGUUUUAUAACUCUACUUUCAAAGGUAAAAUUCUGUGAUAAAUCCUUUUGGUGCUUUCAAAUGCGACUCAGUACCGCAGUACGCCAGACACCUUCACUGCUGGGAUAUCUAUUCCUGGACCAGAACAAUAGAAUCGAUAACAUUUUUUGAGCCAAAAUAAGCAAGCAAAUGAUGAUAGUAUAUUUUCAGGAAUUUGUCAAAUGAAUUUUUUAUUUCAGUAUUUAACUCAUAGUAAACUUUUUUUCCAAAAUACUUCUGUAGUUGUAUGGUUUUCUUUUCCAAGUUGACUAAAUAAUAGGAAAAUUUCAUGUUCUGCCGGAGUAGAUUAAAGUACCCGAGUCCAUGUGACUGGAGGACGAGUGAAAUGAGUCGCCCGACCUUUGUUAUUUUUGGCAUCUCCUCCAGGACAGGUGUUUUUCGUUGUAUUUGUGGACAGAUGUAAUCUCACCUCAUGUUUGCUCUGAAGGCACGGUGACCCAAUUUGGGCUCCUCCUCCUGACCUGGGUCAGAUGGACCUGACGGUGCAAGAGGGGAUCGAUAAUAUCCGAGGGUUUAGAGACUCAGGAGUCAGAGCUGAAUGGGAGUGAAAUCCGUAUAUCUGAGAGGAAGUUUGGAGACAGUUUAGACGGGUCCCACACAUCUGAGCGAGUCCCCCCCUUGAGUCACACUAGCGGAGGAUGGCAUCCUCACUUUUAAUGUCACACUCCUGAACUUCCAAGAUGUCGCUCCUCAGAGCUCACACUGGGCGAGUAAUUCCUCCAUCUGAGGUCCCGAAAGCAUUUCAGUGUUGCAACUAUGCAAACGAACAGAGCGUCUCGUGUGCCUCAGUAGCUCUUAGCAUGAAUAUUUAACGCUACGGAGACACGGAGAGAAGAAGGGGGAGGAGGGGUCGAGGGAGUGAAUAAUUUAUGAGAUGCAUCACACGCAUGGACCGUGUUUACUGACACGAGAGCCUCUGAGACUCAUCAGACAUUUAAGAGUCACAGCAGAAUGUUUAGAAGAGUGGCGGUGAUGGGAGCUGGAAUCUGCCUCGUGAGAGACUCGGAGGUGAUUCUCUGCAUCGCAGUUGAACACAAGCGGGUUUCUCUGAGAAGGGAGGAGCGCUAGCUACAACUGAAUGAGCAGUUAUGCUCGCGACCUGCUGACCUGGCCGACGGGGAAGUGUGUUGUAGAUCUUUCAUGGAGGGGCGUGGUUCAAUUAGAGCAGGGGAGGACAAACUUUCCUGGUCAGGAGGGCCACGUUUUGGCGCUGAGACGAGAGAACAGUUAGUAACCUUUUGCUGUCCUCAUUCUAAGAUGCCUCUAUCUGCUCAGUGUUACGAGGGGCCCGAACACAAGUGUGAAAAACAGGAGAGAAGUCAGCCACACCAAGCUGCCUGGAAUGUGCCACCUAGUGGGGAAACUCUGGCAUUUCACAAGAAAGUCAUGAUAAAAGUCUCGCGACUCCCUGUCACUCUGAACAGGACUAAGCGGUGGUUAACUGAAGACAUAUGUAUCUAUGAGGAAGGGGGGAAACACUUUCGGACGAUGGCAACAGGACAGAAUUUGUUUCAUCUAUACACGAUAAAAUGGUGAAAGUUACUGAAUUUUGAAAAACACAUUUUGAGGAUGCAUGAUGAAGGAGAUGAACUCUUCAGGCGCAACAGAGAAAGGACCAUGCUCUCGCUGAAACAUCAAACUGUUCCUGACAGAGAAUUAUUAACAACGCGGGUCAUGAAUUAUGAAGUUGGGUAAAACUGUGCUUGGUCAAAAGAAGAGUGUUAUUUUUAGAGUUUUUUGCCGUGUUUACCUGACAGAUGUGGCUGGAGAAGAGCUUUAACUAUUCAUAGGUCUGAGCCGUUACCUGUCCGUGACCUGGAAGUUAAAAUGUGCUGCUUUGGGAGCUGUCAACCGAUGGAGCUCGCUGUACGGCAGCUCUGAUGGGAAGAGCACCCCCUGUAGGACACAAGCGGUGGCGUUCAGGAACUUUACUCAUCAUAGUGAAUAGUCGAGAUGAUGGGAGCGAGCCAAAAGGUUCAGCUCGCAAACAGCCAUGACUCCUUCUUGGUGGGACCCAGUGGAAUAUACCAUUCCGGGGUGGCGAUGUAGCGCGGUGCCUUGAGGUGAAGACGGGGUUUACAGUUGAUCCUUUGCUGGUCUGGGAGCCAACGGUAUCAUUCUGUGCCAGUGGGAACCAGUUUCAUCUUCCUAGAGAUAGCGGUGUGGGAGGUGUGCAGGAGGGGAUUAGGUGGUUUGGUACACAGGAAGAGCAAGGUGUCAUCUGCACAGAUCAACGUGUCAGUGGAAUUCAACUGCAACGUAAUAAUGGUCAAAGGUUGCAGUAAACACUCUGUCAGUCUCGGGGGAUCACAGGGAGAGGGGGGCGUGAGUCGAUCAUAUGGCUUCAGCAGAUGUUCAAACAUCGCCAGACCUUUCAGUCUUUUUUUUUUGGACCCACCUUCCACAGCGCGUCUCUUCCCCCAUGUCUAGCUGUGAGGGAAUCACCCGCCUCCCUUGUUACCAUCACAUUCAACAAGUCUUUUAC